CCUCCUCUUGUCCCACAGUCUCAGUUGUUUAUCCUCGACAUAAACAUGAUUCCGGAUAAACGUUCGUUUUUUUGUUGCUAAUGAGCGCCAACUUUACACGACUUUAGAUUAGCCAACAUUAGUUCGAGUGAAAGGGCGUCGUUUGCUUUAAAACCGCAGCGAUAAAGGGACAAUAGGAGCGCGUUUGUCUGUAACGGGAUGGACACGUACGGACAAUUCCCCGUGAAAAUGUCCCUGGCGGACAUGGAGGUGGCCAACAUGGCGGACAUGGAGGUGACCAACAUGAGCGACAUCAACAAGGCCAACCCUCACGGCUGCGACAACGGCGCUCUGACGGACAGGUUCGGGGUUCUGAUCCAGGGACUUCUGGCCAUCGUCGCCUUCAGCACGCUGAUGUUGAAAAGAUUCCGGGAGCCUGUGGGGAUCCGGCGACCUUGGAGGAUCUGGUUUUACGACACAUCCAAGCAGGCCAUCGGCGCUCUCUUCAUCCACUUCGCCAACGUCUUCCUGUCCACGCUCACCAAGGAGGACCCGUGCUCGCUCUACCUGAUGAACUUCCUGCUGGACGCCACAGUGGGGAUGCUGGUCAUCUGGCUGGCGGUUAAAGUGGUGUCCAAAGUGGUGGAGCACAAGCAGUGGACGCUGCUCACCUUUGGAGAGUACGGUGACCCCCCCCAGGCGGCGGCGUGGCUGGGUCAGUGUGGCGUCUACCUGCUCAUCAUGGUGCUGGAGAAAGGCGCCAUCAGCCUGGUGUUGCUGGUCCCGGGAUGGUCCAAACUCCAAGCGCUUCUGCUGGGCUACAUCGCUGACCCUCAGCUGGAGUUGGUGCUGGUCAUGCUCAUCGUGCCCUUCAUCGUCAACUCCAUCAUGUUCUGGGUGGUGGACAGCCUGACCAUGAGGAAGAACAAGAGCCUGGACGACUCGUGCGACAGCUCGCUGAAGGCCGACCCGCUGCCCUGGGCCGUGGACGACGAGUCUCGGGUUCUCCUCACAGUGGACACGGACACCGACGAGGCCUCGGGAGGGGAAGACGACGAGCCCGGCGAGGCUUUGCCUGCGGUGCAGUACUCCGGAGCUACGCUGAGGCCCAGCUGGGUCGUGGUGUGAAGCUCUGAACACACACACACACACACACACACACACACACACACCAAAUAUCCUACACACGCGGUCACCUGGACAAAUGAAAUGUGCGAGCGCCUUUCAAGUAGGACCACCACCGUGUGAAGUCAUAAACCAACCACGUCGUUUGAGGACCUAAAAGCACAACAUCAGAUCUCGCACCUGCUUUGAAUCCACCUUUUGGUGCAAGGUGUAAUCAUUACUCCGCUCCCACUUGCAAGGAAGUCAGCGUUUAUUACAAGACCGUGACGCUUCAAUCACUUCCUGGGGCCAAAAAAAAAGGACAUUUUAAUGGGAAAUGAGCGGAGUGAAAAUUCUUCUGUUUACAUCUGGGAGGACUGAACAUGUUUUUGGAGCUGAAUGUCGAUAUUUGUUCAAUCAUUUUGUAACGUAUACAGUACAGAGCAGAAGUUUGGACACACCAGAAAAAAAUACAUUUUAUGGACAAUUUAAUGGGAAAUAAGCGGAAUGAAAAUUCUUCUGUUUACAUCAGUGAGAAUUAGGGAUGUCCGAUAAUGGCUUUAAUGGCGAUAUCCGAUAUUCCGAUAUUGUCCAACUCUUAAUUACCGAUACCGAUAUAUACAGUCGUGGAAUGAACACAUUAUUAUGCCUAAUUUGGACAACCAGGUAUGGUGAAGAUAAGGUCCUUUUUUAAAAAAUUAAUAAAAUAAGAUAAAUAAAUUAAAAACAUUUUCUUGAAUAAAAAAGAAAGUAAAACAAUAUAAAAACAGUUACAUAGAAACUAGUAAUUAAUGAAAAUGAGUCAAAUUAACUGUUAAAGGUUAGUACUAGGGAUGUUUGAUAAUGGCUUUUUUUCCGAUAUUGUCCAACUCUUAAUUACCGAUACCGAUAUCAACCGAUACCGAUAUAUACAGUCGUGGAAUGAACACAUUAUUAUGCCUAAUUUUGACAACCAAGUAUGGAGAUUAAGUCCUUUUUUAAAAAAUUAAUAAAAUAAAAUAAUAAUAAUAAAAAUAAUAAUAAUAAAAUAAGAUAAAUAAAUUUAAAACAUUUUCUUGAAUAAAAAAGAAAGUAAAACAAUAUAAAAACAGUUACAUAGAAACUCGUAAUUAAUGAAAAUGAGUAAAAUUAACUGUUAAAGGUUAGUACUGGGGAUGUCCGAUAAUGGCUUUUUUGCCGAUAUUCCGAUAUUGUCCAACUCUUAAUUACCAAUACCGAUAUAUAAAGUCGUGGAAUUAACACAUUAUUAUGCCUAAUUUGGACAACCAGGUACGGUGAAGAUAAGGUCCUUUUUUUUAAAAUUAAUAAAAUAAGAUAAAUAAAUUAAAAACAUUUUCUUGAAUAAAAAAGAAAGUAAAACAAUAUAAAAACAGUUACAUAGAAACUAGUAAUUAAUGAAAAUGAGUCAAAUUAACUGUUAAAGGUUAGUACUAGGGAGGUUUGAUAAUGGCUUUUUUGCCGAUAUUCCGAUAUUGUCCAACUCUUAAUUACCGAUACCGAUAUCAACCGAUACCGAUAUAUACAGUCGUGGAAUGAACACAUUAUUAUGCCUAAUUUUGACAACCAGGUAUGGUGGAGAGUAAGUCCUUUUUUUAAAAAUUAAUAAAAUAAAAUAAUAAUAAUAAAAUAAAAUAAUAAUAAAAUAAGAUAAAUAAAUUUAAAACAUUUUCUUGAAUAAAAAAGAAAGUAAAACAAUAUAAAAACAGUUACAUAGAAACUAGUUUAUAAUGAAAAUGAGUAAAAUUAACUGUUAAAGGUUAGUACUGGGGAUGUCCGAUAAUGGCUUUUUUGCCGAUAUCCGAUAUUCCGACAUUGUCCAACUCUUAAUUACCAAUACCGAUAUAUAAAGUCGUGGAAUUAACACAUUAUUAUGCCUAAUUUGGACAACCAGGUACGGUGAAGAUAAGGUCCUUUUUU